CGAAAAGAAGUGAACGAACUUUCUGAGAAAGGGCUGUGGAAGAAGAGAUUCCUAAGCAACGGUUCGAAGGUGAAAACAAGACGCACAUGACGAGAAAACAUUGACAUGUGUAAGAAUAUACGGUUUCAAUUAGAUGUGGCUGAUAUGGUGAUCGCUGCUGGUUACGCGAAAUUAACGGUCAUGUGCUAACUGGUUUCAGAAUGGACGUACCGUGGUCGGCCGAGGAAGGAGGGCCGGAUGAGGUCUGGGUAUCUGGAUGGAACAGGACCCUCUGGACGAACGAUAAUGAAUCCAUUUACGACGUAUACGACAACCUUUACGACGUGCCAGCUGGUCUGAUAGCUCUGCUGAGUAUCUGCUACGGAAGUAUUUCCAUCUUGGCGGUCGUCGGAAACGCCUUGGUGAUGUGGAUCGUCGCUACUUCCAGACGCAUGCAGAGCGUCACAAAUUGUUUUAUCGCCAAUCUCGCCCUAGCCGAUAUCGUUAUUGGACUCUUUGCUAUUCCUUUUCAGUUUCAGGCCGCUUUGUUGCAGAGAUGGAACCUCCCAUACUUUAUGUGUGCGUUCUGUCCCUUCGUCCAGGUCCUUUCCGUCAACGUGUCGGUCUUCACCCUCACUGCAAUCGCCGUUGACCGUCAUCGAGCGAUUCUCAAGCCAUUGAGCGCAAGACCCAGCAAGUUCAGAGCUAAAAUCGUAAUCGCUAGUAUCUGGUUCUUCGGUGGUGCUUUGGCCGCUCCAAUGGCAGUGGCUUUGCGAGUGAUUAUGACGCCGGAAAACUCUGGGGCUGGCCGACCUCAUCUCAAGCCCUUCUGUCGGAACCAAAACAUGUCCGAAAGCUCAAUGCUGAUCUACAGAGCGCUGCUUGGCUUUCUUCAAUAUCUUACACCCCUUUUUGUAAUAUCCUGCGUUUACGCACGCAUGGCGUUCAGGCUGUGGGGAAGCAGAGCACCCGGAAAUGCUCAGGACUCUCGCGACGCCAACCUGAUGAAGAAUAAGAAGAAGGUAAUUAAGAUGUUGGUGAUCGUCGUCGCACUGUUCGCCGUGUGUUGGCUGCCACUCCAGACCUACAACGUACUGCAAUACACUUAUCCUGAAAUCAACGAGUACAGAUACAUCAACAUCAUUUGGUUCUGCUGCGAUUGGCUGGCUAUGUCAAAUAGCUGUUACAACCCUUUCAUCUACGGUAUUUACAACGAAAAGUUCAAGCGGGAAUUUCAGCAACGGUGUCCCUUCAGACAUCGGCAAUGGUCGGCCAGCCCACCAAUGGAUAGUCUUGAUCUUGAUAAAACGCAGUCCACCAGAACUUCGAUCAGAUUUUUCUUCGCAAGGUACGAUUGGCGGCGACCAGCCUCGGGCGGAUGUCCGGCCACAGCUUCCUUCUACCGCGGCGUGUCUGUUAGAGGACCGUCACGUUUACCCGGCAAAGGAAUCGACGCCACAAAUCGCACCCUUUCGGCGUCCAGAUGCUGCGUCCGGAACGGAAACGGCGCCCUCGCAAACGCACCGAAAAGUCCGAACACCGCCGCUGAGCUUUACGUCUUCGCAUCCGGGAGGCACAAGCACACCAGCGAUUUCAGCUCGCAGGAACUCUGCCUCUAAGCCAGCUUAAUUGCCAUGCAGAUGAAUACGGGGCGCGAUUGAAUCUCCGAGGCAUAAUUAUUAUCAGCCGUAAACUAAUCCCCGUCUUUAAGCCGGGAGCGCUCUUUAACAAGACCUUCCUUGUUACUCGCUGCGGAGUACAAUUUUCCGAUACAGGGUGCUGGUUCCAGUCUAAGAGCUUGCUAAUUUAGGAUUACGAUUAGGCUUGUGUUUUAAUGUGAUGUACCUA